AUGCCUGCCGUGUCUUCUGGCCGUAUUUCAAAGGCUAGACGAGGCGUCAAAGAUGCGGCACCACACAAGAAUCACCGAUGGGAGUCGUUCAAUUCGAAGAUCUCGAAACUCCAUACCCUCGAUCCCUUGAAGAAAGUUCGCCGGCACGAUCUCGAAGCCGAAGAUCUCUCGACGACAACCUCAUACUUCAACAAUGGACUUCAAAGGUGGAAUGAGCUCAAUAUAUCCAAGGGCUUUGUCGGUUUUAAGAGGGAGGCUCUUCCUCUGUCCGAGAGCCUGCCUCAGAUUCUGCAUUUCGAGGAUCGCAUUAUGCAACUCUUCGUCCAGUAUAUUUCCGAACAAGACAAAGAAAGUUUAGAACCGCUCCUCGAUCUCCUUACAGCUUUCGCAAGGGACCUCGGCCCGCGUUUCGAGAAGCAUUAUCCUCUCGCGCUUCAGCUUAUAGUCGAUAUCGCAAGCAAAUCUCAGCCUGUCGAGGUCAUCGAGUGGACAUUUACGUCUCUGGCCUUCUUGUUCAAGCGCUUAUACAAACUCUUGACCCCAGACCUCCGGCCGACCUACGAUGUCAUUUCCCCCCUCCUGGGAAAGGCCAAGCGCCCGCCUCAUAUUGCUCGAUUCGCUGCCGAGGCGAUGAGCUUCCUCAUCAAGAAAGCCGCCGCCCCAAAUCAUCGGCGAACGGCUCUUCCCCUUAUAGUCGAGCAUACUAGACAGGAUCUUUACAGGGCCUACGAAUCCCGCCAGUUCGAGCUUUUCCAGGAUGGAUUAAUGACAAUGUAUGCUGAGGCCAUCAAAGGAUCUGGUGAUACCAUACAUUCUACCGGCCCCGCCACUUUCACAGCUCUUUUACAUUCUAUUCCGCCUCAAGAUUCCAACCUCACCGACCCUCCGAUAUGGACCAACGUCACCUGUGGUGUACUUACCAGCCUAAUCCAUCACUCUAAUGCCACCAACCUCGAGCCAAUCUCACAGGUCUUAUUUGAUCUCGCAAAACCCUCCGGGACUACGGUUAAUAAUGAUAAUGCAGAUGUUGAAUAUCCUAGCGUGCCUCUAAUCAGAGUAAUAGGCACGCUUUCCGGUGUGCGAAAGGGUUCUCGUGUAAAUGACUGGGAGGUUUUGGUCCAGUCUCUCAUGGACCUCUUGGCCAUCGCCACCAAGUGGCAGGACUCAGGGUCGGCUCAGAUCAAGCAUCAGUUUUGGAGACACGUCAUGGUGAACAUAGCCACGGUCUGGGUAUACGCGCCUAUCCACGCGCUUACUCCUUCAAUUCUUUCCUUCUCUACUAUCCUCACCAGAGAUCCAUUCCGAGGCUGGUACAUACCAUUCUGCGCAUAUUUCGCGGACCUCGACCCCGUGAGGUUUAGAAGUCUCUUCCUGGGAAGUUUCCAAGCGUUUAUUGUGAGCAACUGGUCUGACAAUGGAAACGAGGACUUGCUGUGCAUUUACAUUAGCCGCAUGGCACGCUGCAAUGCCAUCCCGUCGGCCGGCGAUAAAGAGGUGUUCAAUUUACCCCGGCAAUGGCAGGAUCACAUCGUCUCAAAGUUCGAAAGGCUUGAGGUGUCUCCUUUCCCCGAGCGCGGAGUAUACGACAAAGAUCCUCAGACCUGGCGAGACCGAUGCCUGCCAAAGUACGCAGCCCUUCUGAAAGUUUUGGAAUCUGCCGGAGUGCACCCUUCCACAAACGCCAGGAUCGCGGAACUUUUGCUUAGGAAACUGAAGUUAGCUUUACGGCCGUCCUCCACUCUGGCUUCGGAUGAGGUUCACUUUAUAGUCAGCCAAGGGCUCCAUGCCUAUCUUCGUAUGAGCGCAGCAGCCGGAAGUGUCGACGAUAGUCUAAGCCCUCUUCUACGAGCUGCGGUACCCAGAUUCUGUCGGUCUGUAGGAUUUCUAGAAUCUUAUAUGACUUAUAUUCAGCACUCGAAGAAGUUAAAAAAGGGGGCUCAGGACGCAGGUAGCGAUGACUCGCAGUCUUUCGAUAAUGACGCCGUCACUAAGUCCCUCAUUGAAAACCUGGCUAGCCCGUCCCAUGAACUUCGGCAAGUCUCUCUGAAGGUGCUCGCCGAGCUGGACGGUCAAAAUACUCAGCCUGAUGGUGUUAUUGAAACUAUGCUCGAGAUAGAAGACACCCCUGUUGAACUUGCUAACUGUCGGAAAAUCACCAUGUACUUGCGGAAACUUGGCCAGUCCUAUUCCUCGUUGGCCUCGGAUUCCUUGACAGCUCUUGCCAUAACCUCAUUCUUGUUUGGAAUGUUCAACGUGAAGAUGGCUCCAAUCUGGGAUGGUGCUGUGGAAGCAUUACAACUGGUCUGCCAAACAAAGACCGGCGAGGAUGCUGUUUCCGACCUAGCCUUCCAGUGGCUCGGUGUGCCUUCUCCGAGAUGGGCCGGUCCACAACAACUCAACAAUAGCAGCUCUCGCAAAUUUGUCUCCGAUUUCGAGUGCAAGAACGUUCAAGGGCUAGAAGCAUUAUCCGAGGAAUUUUAUGACAUUAUCGAUAACCCGCUCGAUAAAACUCUGAAAUCCUUUGAUGACCAGCAAUAUACGGUCGAGCCCCAUUCUCCAAAUGCUCGGGCACAGGCUUUGAAACUUUUGACCGCUAUCCCAAGACUGGCUGAAAAGAGGUCGCGCAUGUUUGUACCGUCCUUCCUGGGAUGGGCCGCUGCUGGCGAAGAGACUUCUGAAACCCCGGAUGAGGAGGAAGAAGAAUCUCAAGGAGGCAAAGGGUGGUCGUUGGCCGAUAGGAAGGCAAUGCUUGGAGUUUUUGGCCAAUUUGUGAACCCUAAGGUCCUUUACAACCAUGAAUUGGUUUACAAGUCUCUCCUAAAGCAGAUGGAAAACGGAGAUGUGGAGGUACAAAGACUUGCGUUGAAGGCCAUCUUCACAUGGAAACAGGACGGUGUAAAGCCUUAUCAGGAGAGUCUCGAACAUCUCCUGGAAGAGAGUCGUUUUAAGGAUGAGCUUACGUUGCUCUUCCAAGGGGAUGAACAGCGCAUUCAACCUGAACAUCGUGUGGAAGUGAUACCCAUCCUUUUGCGACUGCUAUACGGCCGAUCGAUUUCGAAGAAGGGAGGGGCCAGUGGUCGCCAUGGACUUGAUGCCACUAGGCUUGCGGUCCUUCGCAAUCUCGAUGUCGAGGAUUUGGGCCAGUUCCUUGACAUUGCAGUUGGCGGGCUCGGCCAAGUCAAGGUCAUCGAUGCCUGUGGAAAGACGACAACCGACGUCGAGCUAGAAGUUGUCCCUAUUAGACGCCAAGUUGGUUUCCUGAAUAUGAUGGGCUCUUUCGUCUCUGAAAUGGGCGCAGGAGUCUUACCCUAUAUGGACACCCUACUAAAUCCCAUCCUUUAUUGCUUGGUCUACUCGGCUCGCCAACUCCAGGAAUCUAGCCAGGACGAUAAGGAUGAUAGCCCGGAUGAUGGUGAAGACCAACCCAGCAAUGUAUCCCUUCUCCGGGUUGCAAGGACUACUGCGUUGAAGUGUCUCAUUGCACUUUUACGAAACGCCGCUUCGUUCGAUUGGACACCGUACGGAGAUCUCAUCGUCAAGGAGAUUAUUAGUCCGCGGAUUGAUAAGUUGCCUGUUGAAUCUGCGCAAGGCGUAUCCGGAAUGUUGCAACUCCUCUCUACCUUGUCGGCCCUUCCGCAAGAGUCGAUAUUCCUGUCCAUUGACGACAGGAUUGUACCACAGCUUGUCGAAUGCUUGGCGGUGGAGAAGGGAAAGCCUGAGGUCAAAGUCUUUGUUCUGGGCAUUAUCAGGAACCUGAUUUCUCUUGCUGUGGCACCAGCAGCGGAAUCUAUCAACAACGGGCUUAUUCAAGAUGAACUCUUGAAACCUGUCCUGGACAGACUCUUGACCAACGUCACAAACCUGCUCGAGACGCCAAAUCUAGGGAACGAUCUUCUAGAAAACUGCGUUGAGGCGAUCAUUGAGAUAUCGCCCAUUGUUGAUAACUCCCAGAAUGUACAGGGUGUCCUCGAACUGGCGACGAGGUUCCUUGCUCAACCGCCUCGCCGGGUCAGCCCGAAGACUAAAGGCCGGAUCAUCCUCGUCCUCGAACGUUUCGUGACAUUCCAGGAGCCAUUACCAAAUCCGUCGGCCAAGCCGGAACUUCUCGAGAAGAUCCACGAGUCAAUCGCGUCGCUCUUCAGUUACUUCAAGGACAGGGAGAACAGAGAAUCGCUAUGCCGUGUUUAUUUAGUGCUCGCUAGCAAAGAUCCCUCUCUUCAAGAGUCUGCCGAGUUCUGCCGAGAGCUUAACUCGUUCGUUGAAGGGCGCAUUGAUGAGCCGGAUUACGAUAGGCGCCUUGCGGUUCUGAACUCCCUGUCCAAGCCAAGGGAACAACCCCUAGCGGCGCACCAAUGGCUUGCCAUAUUGCACAAUCUGCUGUUUUACAUCCGACUCGAUGAAGAAUUCAACAUUUUAUCAUCCAACUCGGCCGACGCGAUGCGUCAAUACAUCGACGAUGCCGCCGCAUGCACGGAUGAAACUAUGCGAGGUGUCUUUGAGAAGCAAUUGAAGAGCGUUCUUCUUCCGGCCAUGUACAGCGGUGCGCGAGAGCCAUCCGGUGCCAUACGGCGCGAGUAUCUUCGUGUGAUGGGUCGCCUAGUAUCCCGCAUGGCGAAAUGGUCUUCCGUCUCCGACCUGUCGGCAUUACUCGACGAGACCGAUGAAGAGUCGUCUGAGCCUCAAUUCUUCUUCAACAUUCUGAGUCCCGCUACCUCACGGCAAUUAGAAGCUUUGCAAAUCUUGCAGCAGGCCAAUAGCAAGAGUGAAAUGGCGAGUCAGAAUAUAGCCCAUUUCUUCAUUCCUCUUUUGGAGCACUUCAUCUUCGGCCGCGAAGAAGGCAGUGACGAUCACGGACUCGGUGCGCAGGCUACCAUUGUCAUUGGUGACUUGGCUUCGUCGUUGGAUUGGAAGCACUGCCGAUCUAUCUUGCAGCGUUACAUUAGCUACAUCUCGUCGAAGCCAGAGCACCAGAAGGCGUUGAUUCGCCUUCUAGGCCGUUUUGUUGACCCUCUCCUAGCCGCCUAUGAGCCGACAUCGGCUGAUGCGAUGGACGUGGACAAACCCCAAGAGGCUGCUAGCAAGACGUCUAGAAGACUGGGUGAAACGAUUCCAAAGGGCGAGAAGUUUACAUCCGACAUUAUCCAAAAUUACUUACCCCCCCUCUUGAAGCACCUACACGAAAAGGAUGAGUCCGAAGUCAGCUAUCGUGUCCCUGUUGGUGUCAUCAUCGUCAAAUUGCUUAAGCUACUUCCUCCUGACGAAAUGGACCUACGGCUUGCUGCCGUCCUUACCGACAUUAGCCACAUCUUGCGAAGUAAGGCCGACGAGUCGAGAGACAUGGCGAGAGACACAUUGGUAAAAAUUGCGCUCAUUCUUGGCCCUGAAUACUUUGGGUUUGUUCUCAAGGAGCUCCGAGGUGCCCUCACGAGAGGCUACCAGCUCCACGUUCUAUCCUACACUAUGCACUCGAUUCUGUUGGCUGUCAUCCCUGAAUUUGGACAGGGAAGCCUCGACUACUGCUUAGCGUCCAUUGUGACGGUCAUCAUGGACGAUAUCUUUGGUGUUACCGGUCAAGAGAAGGACGCCGAAGGCUACACCACCCAGAUGAAGGAAAUUAAAAGUAGCAAGAGCCAAGAUUCACUGGAGUUGAUUGCGAAGACCGCCUCCAUAACGCACCUAGUCGAUCUAAUACGACCGCUUCAGGCUCUUCUGCUUCAAAAAGUUGAUCUCCGGAUGGUUCGCAAGAUUGACUCAUUGCUGUCAAGGAUCACUUCCGGGCUGCUCCAUAAUCCGGCCGCAGAGAGACGUGACACGCUAGUUUUCUGUUAUGAAGUCAUCCAGGAAGUAUACAAAGCAGAAACCGCAGUCGAACAGCCAAAGGUCGACCCUCGGGUGAGGAGGUACCUCGUCCAGAAGCACGGAAAGAAGAGUGGCGAGCGUUCUAUCACCAGUAAACACACUUACAAGCUGGUGCGCUUUGCUCUCGACAUCCUACGGGCGGUCUGGAAGAAACACGACAACCUACGCAAUGCAGCGAAUAUUACAGGGUUCAUUCCCAUCUUGGGAGAUGCCGCUAUGGAUGGCGAGGCUGAGGUCAAGAUGUCGACUUUCAAACUUCUUAAUAUCAUUGCCAAGGUUCCCUUCCCAAAUUCCGAUACUGCCGGCUUGUACAAGGUCGCCGUGAAGGAAGCCACCAAGAGCAUCGGGAUGUCAUCAUCCACCACUUCAGAGCUUUCUCAGGCGGCCCUCAAAUUGAUUUCCGUUGUCCUUCGAGAUAGAAAAGAUGUCACGGUGAAGGAUGCAGCCGUUGAUAUGCUGGUUGGCAAGCUCAAAGAUGAUCUUACGGAUCCGCAAUAUCGCUCCGUCACUUUCAACUUCCUCAGGUGCGUUCUCGACCGCAAGAUUGAGACGGCGGCAGUAUACGAUAUUCUAGACUACGUCGGCACCGUCAUGAUCACCAAUGAUGACAAAGAGACGAGAGAUCUUGCCAGAGGCGCCUUCUUCCAAUUCCUUCGUGACUAUCCUCAGAAAAAGGCCCGAUGGUCGAAGCAGAUGAACUUCAUCAUUGCCAAUCUCAAGUAUGACAGAGAAGGCGGUCGUCUUUCUGUCAUGGAAGUGAUUCAUCUACUUUUGCUCAAGUCUGCAGAAGACUUCGUCCAACAGAUCGCAUCUGCUUGCUUCCUACCGCUCGUCUUUGUCGUUGCCAAUGACGAUAGUGAGAAAUGCCGACUUGCCGGAGGAGAGCUGAUUAAACAGAUCUUUAAGAAGGCCGACAAGGAGCAGACGCAGAAGUUCUUGACUCUUCUCCGUUCGUGGCUCAGCAACGAGGAGAAUCCAGCCGUAUCUAUGCUUGCCCUCAAAAUCCUGGCAUUUUACUUUGACUCUAGCGACCGGGCCACGAAGAACGAGAAGGAUCUUCGGCUGCUUCUAGAUCAUGUUUUAGGUAUCCUUCGCUCUGAGAAGACUGAGGAAUUGGAUGCGGAUAGUAUCAACUCGACCAUUGAUGCCGUGCGCGUUGUGGCAGAGAAAUUCGCUACCACUCUGUUCACGCCUGAUUCUGAAGAGCUCUGGUGUCUUAUUCGCCAGUGCAUGGUACACCGCGACAAUACUGUAAGGCUCAAUGCUGUUAGAUUGACGACUUCAUACCUACUCCAUUUCGCGGGUAAUAGCCGAGAUACCGAUAACGGCACGGUUCUGGCGAGCAAGUAUGGGGCUGAGCUCAAGAGUGCGGAUAUCGAGGACCUUGUGGGUCUGGGCAUUAGGAUUCUGAGUACACCAAUAGUUGCUGAGGAACUGGCGACGGAGACUGGCCAAAUCCUGAUCUUCCUCGGCCCACACCUUCCAGAGAAUGUAACGGACGACGCCGCCCCGGACUCUGAAGAGGAUGAAGAUGAAGAGGAAGAAGAAGAAGAAGAGGGUGGCGAGGUAGAGGGUGGCGAAGAAGGAGAAGAGUCCGCCGCGGCACCGAGCCGGCGGAGAAAGGACUUGCAUUUCCUGUUCUGGAAACUCUCUUACAUUCUCAGGAAGCAAGGCGCUCCUAAGUCGGAGGCUGUCAAUGCCAAGGUCACUGCCAUGGAGGUGCUGGAGACUCUCUGCCGCCGCAUGAACAUCGAUCGGGUGCGCGGCUCCGUCAAGACAAUACUCUUCCCGCUACACCACCUCACGGACAAGCACAUACCCACCCCAUCGUCAACCGACGAACUAUUUAAGACCAAGUACGAAGGUCUAAAAGUGCGGGCUCAGAUCCUCAUGGAUUCUCUGCAGAAGAAGCUCGGAACGGCCGAGUACAGCAAGUACCUGUUGGAGAUUCGCGAAGGGGUGAAGAAGAAGCGAGAGCAGCGCUCGGCGAAGCGGAAGAUUGAGGCGGUUGCGUAUCCGGAGAAGUUUGGUCGCGAGAAGCGCAAGAAGUUUGAGAAGAAGAAGGAGAGGAGGAAGGUUAAGGGCCGUGAGCAUAAGGCUAUGAGACAGGCUUACAAGGGGUGGUAA